AAGGAAUCACUCGAUUUUGUGCGAAGGUUGACAGUGAGCACGUGACAAAGAUCGCGCGAAUCUUGGACCGAUGCGCCUCGCAGCUGCAACCAUGACGAUGGCUCUGGUGUCCUUGGAGGCAUUGUGUACUUCAUGUACGCCACUGGCGAAGAGUAUUCAAACCCCGCCAAAAUUCCCUCUGCAUUUUGAGGCCGACCUGGAGAUCACAGCUCACCUGCUCGACCCCGCCGUCGCGUACCCACCGUCAUUACGCAGGAUGAAGAUUCGAUACGAUUACAGUCAAGGGUUGGCGCGCGCCGACAUCUUGGCUGGGUUUGACAAAGGCAAAUCGUACAUUCGUCGCUACGACACGAAGAAAGAGUACAAGGUCAAGUAUGGCAAGUACGCCAACUGCGAGCGAGCCUACCUCGGUGAAACAAUGCCUCGCCCGGAGCUCCCGCCGGGACUGGAGUUUAAGGGAAACGAGAAUGUGCGGGGACAAGCUUGUGAGCGAUGGACGUACGACAUCCCGAACACGGUGCUUCGCGUGAUCGUGUACAACAGCGUCCACAGCCAUGUGCCAAUUCGGCUGACUCAAGAGAGCCAAACAGACGUUGGGGACUGGGCACCCAUCAUCACGUACGACCUGCUCAAUAUCAAGCUACGGCCACAGGACCGUUCGUCGUUCGAUAUUCCUGGCGGCUACACCCAUGAAACAUGCACGCGGAGCGUCGUGGGUUUUCCAUACAUUCACGUUUUUGAUCAGUAUGUCAGGUUUUAAUGGAAGGAGGUCGAUUUAAUGAACCAAAGCAAGGUAUGUGCCAAGCAGGGCUCGA